AUGGACUUUGCGUCGCUCAUGGCCAAGGAAAUCUCCAAGGCCAAACCCAGCACCACCGAGAAAUCCAAAGAUGAGAAAAACAAGUACGUCCGUCGAGCAGAUAUCGAAGCUGCGCGUAUCGCAGCCUACAAUGCGGAACAGGAAAAGCUACAGCGCGAACGCGAAGAGAAGGCUGCUCUCAAGCGCAAGCACGAGGAAGAGGAAGCCGACCGCAAUCGGGAACGAGAGGAAAAGAAGCGGAAAUUAGCAGAAGAGUCAAAGAAGAGGAGAGAGGCGGAAGAGGAGGCUGCGGAGAGGGAACGAAGGAAAAGGCUGGGACUCCCUGAGCUACCACCAAAGAAAGCGGAGGAUGAAGAUGGGACUCCAGUACCGGAGGAAGAGAAUAUCGACGCUGAAGAGCUCAGCAAAAAGCUCCGAGAUUUAGAUGAACCGAUUACACUGUUUGGUGAAACGCACAAGGCGAGGCUGCGGCGUUAUCAGCGGCUUGUCCAGCGAUCGCUCACGCCACAGCUAUCCAACGGACCUAUCCCGACGACGUUGGAACUGGUGGCUGAGAAGGAUAUGAAAAUACCAACUAAGAUGCCAAAAGAUCGCGCCGGGAAGACAUUCCUUUUCAGGCAGCUCGCAUCGUAUUUCAACAUGAUCCUGGAGGAAUGGGAGAUUGCUUUGGCCAAACGAGACGUUUCCGUGAAGCAGAGCUUUGCUGGUCGACAGGCGUACAAUGCCAUGCUUCAAAGCAAAGAGAAUAUGAGACCUCUGUUCAAGAAAUUCGAGGCCGCAGAUAUCGACGAUACGGUUCUUGAGGCGAUUGUUGAGAUUGUUCAUUGCGCGCAAGAAAGACGAUAUGUUGAUGCUAACAAUGGGUAUUUACGUCUUAGUAUCGGAAAAGCAGCAUGGCCAAUUGGUGUUACCAUGGUUGGUAUUCACGAACGAUCUGCGCGAGAGAAGUUGCAUGAAAGCGAUAACAAGGCCCAUAUCAUGUCUGACGAGAGCACGCGGAAGUAUCUGCAGAGUAUCAAACGAUGCUUGAGCUUUGCUCAGGUGCGCUGGCCACCGGAUGACCAGUUGCAGUUGAUGGGUUAA